GCUGUGGCAGAUUUAUCUUAGCAAUGUUACAUGGUCGAUAUUGACAUGAGAGACAUUGGCAGGUAUCCGUUUCUAUCAAUGACACUCUAGAUUGUGCUUCAUACCACUGGUUCAUAGAAAAGUGGAUAUUCGAUGUCCUAGAGACUGACAGUGGAUGACAAUGAGAUACUAACUUGAUCCACGACCAACAUGUGAAAAUUUAAACAUGCCUUUUUUGGGCAGCUUUGAGAUAUCCCAACGUUUGACUCCUCACCUGUUCAUUCUAACAACAUUGCAAUGCCUAUGACGCCAAAGAGGAAGCGAGCGUUGAACAAUGUCAUAGACAGCUUUAUCCACUGGAUGGGGAAGUUCAUUACCUUCUUAUUCUCAUUCCUCAUCGGUCCUGGAAUGGCCAUGUUGAAUAACGUCCAAAGUCACAAAAUAGAAGAUCAAUUACAAACGCAGCUUAAGACUUCAUCAAAUUACAGAGACUGGCGAGCACAGGCUCAGCGGCUAGACAAGAUGCUUGGAAAUGAUGGCUGGAAAGCUGAUCCCAAUUCAAAGCUGUAUGAUCGAUUGUUGAUCGAGUAUCGACUUCGACAUUUAAAGCAAGUUCGAAGGAAGAAUGAUGUCAACGACAUUAUAUACACUUUGAGAGGUGGCCUUCUGAGAAAUUUUGGCGGAAUUUGCGAUAGAAAACUGUUUACACGUUCAUAUAUUGGCACCAAGUCAUUGAUAGAAGAUUAUAUGGAUGAGGUCGUUUCUCAAUUGGAAUACGUUGAAACAACAGGAGAGCUGGAUCCACAGACGAAGCUCAAGUUCUUUAUGGAUACACGACAGAGUUUUGGAUGCUCGGCUUUAAUAUUGCAAGGCGGUGCCACCUUUGGUUUAUAUCAUAUUGGAGUUGUAAAAGCCUUGCAUGAGCGAGACUUACUACCACGUAUCAUCAGUGGUACUGCAGUUGGGGCACUGAUCGCUGCGUUGAUAUGUAUUCAUACAGAUGAAGAGCUUCCGAAUGUUCUCAAGCCAGAUGGUAUUAAUUUAACAGCUUUCUCAAAAAAGAGCCCCAAAGGAAGGAGAAUAACAAGGCUAUUGAAAUACGGACAUUUGAUGGAUAUAAAAGUUCUUCAAGAGUGUGUUCGCGCUAACGUCGGCGAUCUCACUUUCGAGGAAGCAUAUGAUCGAACCAAACGAAUAUUGAACAUCAGCGUUUCUUCUAGUAGAACACUUGAGGUUCCACAGCUGUUGAACUACUUGACUGCACCCAAUGUCCUCAUUUGGAGCGCUGCCUGCUGCUCUUCAGCAUCCAUUGGUUUGUUUGGAAGUAGCGAUUUGCUGGCUAAAAACAAGAACGGCGACAUUGUUAAAUGGAGUUCGUCUGCGGUGAAGUGGAAUCACUGGACCGAAGCUAGUGCGGCAGAGGGUGAAGCGCCUUUACUCCGUCUGUCCGAAUUGCUGAAUGUCAACCAUUUCAUUGUCUCACAAGCAAAUUCUUACUUUAUACCGUUUGUGAGCAACCAACCUAAUGCGCAGCACGACACUCUCUUCCAUAAAGUUGUUUACAUCAUAGCGUCAGAGACCCGGCAUCGCUUAUUUCAGCUCAAUCAAAUAAACCUAUUGCCUCGAGUAUUACGAGGGGUGAUUGAAGAGAAGGUGUCAGGCGACGUGACAAUCGUUCCGUCUCUUUCUCUAAAGGACUUUAGCACUGUGUUUGCCAACCCUACUCAAUCCUUGUUGGGUUAUUGGAUACUGAAGGGUGAGCAGUCUACAUGGCCACUCAUCUCAUUAACGGAAUCACGUUGUAAAAUCGAACUAGCACUUGAUAGAGCACUUCUAAGGAUGCGAGCCACUUCCGAAAAUGCACCCAUCAUUGUGCACAACAAGGUGUUCAGUCAUAAGAAACGAGCCAAAUCGAUGAACUGAUGUAUAAAGCUAGACAGCACAGAACACUUGCAAUCAAUAGAUAAAUCAACUGUCAACCACAGUAAUUAUUUGAAAUUUGAAUGUGAACAUGGCAUUUUGUUAUCUAUUGCGUGAAUCAUAUUCCAAAAAGCGUGCAAAUGUGAAGAGAAUGUAAAAGGGGACAAAUGUACAGUUUUAAAAAGAUAUCUGAAGGGAGAAAGCUUAGAUUACAGCAAGAAAACUACAGCAGAUUAAUAAACGAGCUUC